UUUGCCUGAUACUUUGCGGUUUUCCUUUUCUUUUCCAGGAGGAGAGGCUAUGGUGUGACCAUAAACCAGUCAGUGUAAAUUAUGGAUCGCCUUUGUGGUGAAGUGGUUGUUACAGUUUAUGAUAAAUGUAGCUUUUCGGCUUUGUGUCAGCUGCCAUUUGCGUUUUAACAAUGAUGGUCCUUGCUUCUGCAUCUGCGUCGCAUUUUAAUGCACCGCAAACUGUUGCCUGAGUUUCCUGCCCCUGGGUAGGCGAUGUGGUUUUAUCAGAGAGCCUCGGACCGCGAUCAGGAGCGCAGGAUCCAUGAGAAGAGACUUCUGGACUUGGAUUUAUUUGGUCGCAAGACAGAUACAGCUUUCUAAGAGAGCACUGACAGAGACGUAGCUCAGAGACAGCGGUACCAUCAGUAGUAAAAGUUGGACUGAAAGUAGUCUACACAUUCAGGAAAGGAAACUGAUGCGCGUAAGAAGGGAUGCCAGCCAGGCGUGGCUUGUGUUUGAAUAUCCAAUGUGGGAAUGCGUGGGGAGUAUGUAUAUAAUAGAGUCUCUCCAUCUGAUAAACAGAGAUAUCAAACUGAUGAUUAAAGCAAAGGACGAUCAAUAAACUGAAAGGACUCCGCUGAUUUGGAGGAGCACGGCGCGCUGGGUAGCUACGCUUUGUGCGUGCAUGGACCGGACUUGUGUAAACUUUUCUCCCACUUUGAGUCACCGAAACGUUUUUAAAUGCCUUCGCUUAAUGUGACAGCUGUGCACACAAUGGCAGAGGUCGGGAGUUUUUUGGGGACAAUCGACUUGGAUUUACAAAGCUUUCCUGCACUCGGGAAUAUGCCCAUACCGGAGUCUCCAGUGGGGUUGAAUGAGCGGCUGGGGCAGAUUGAAGGGAGGCUGCAGCGGGGGUCGCCGACAGAUUUCGGGCACCUCAAAGGGAUCCUGAGGCGGCGUCAGCUCUACUGCAGGACCGGCUUUCAGCUGGAGAUAUUCCCCAACGGGACUGUGCAUGGGACAAGACAGGAUCACAGCAGAUUUGGUAUCCUGGAGUUCAUCAGCCUGGCAGUGGGUCUGGUCAGCAUCAGAGGGGUGGACGCUGGACUCUACCUCGGCAUGAAUGAGAAAGGAGAGCUCUAUGGGUCGAAGAAGCUGACAGCAGAAUGUGUGUUCAGGGAGCAGUUUGAGGAGAACUGGUACAACACCUACGCUUCAACUCUGUACAAUCACACAGACACAGGACGCUUCUACUACGUGGCCUUAAACAAGGAUGGCUCGCCCAGGGAGGGCGGCAGGACUAAAAAACACCAGAAACUCACCCACUUCUUACCCAGGCCGGUGGAGAUUGAAAAGAUCCCUCAAGCAUACAGGGACUUAUUCCAAUACAGGUGACCAGCGCUUAUACUUGGAGAGCUGGUUACAUUGGGAGGAACAGAAAUAAAAGAAGAGGAGAGGGGGGGUGUUGUGGAUAUUUUGGACCUGGUACAGAACUGUUUACCCUCAACCCCCCCUGAGGUCACUGUGUUUGCACCUCAGCCCCACUACCAAGCACGUACAGCACUGACAUAAACAUUGUGCAUGUUCCUGGAUGUUGCUUCUUUGCUUCUGUAGUGGACUUGUGACCUCGGAGAGGAGGGAAAGUUGUCUUGUAAAACCACUACGGACAUGGACAAAGGAGGCCCACAUGACUGCCCAGCUAUGGGGUGGUCGGGACAAUUACAUCAGGUGCCAUGUUUUCUCAAUAACCACUUUUUAGAGGUAAAUGUGUAGACGCUGAAGUGACAUGCAACGACAAAUGGAGUCGUGGCUCUUGGCAGUUUUGAGUAGCACUAAGCUGGUGGGGAGAAAAAAAGUGAAUGGUUGACUAUGAGAACAGAGAAGAGACUUUUAGAAGCUCCAAAAGGAAACUGAAAGCACUACAGAUGUCACACGGUGCAUUUGUCACGCACUAUACACAGUCAUGGUAACGUUAAAUGUGAGAAAGGGCACAUUCCACAUGCACAGAGAUAGAUAGACAGAAGGUAAGGGUCAGAAAUACACAAACUGUGUGCUACAUGCAGGUUAAGUGGCAGGUUUGGAUAGUCAGGUACUAAAGAGUCUGUAAGAAGAAUGUCUAUGAGGCAGAGAAUAAACUGUUACAUAGGGGAACUGGAGUUUAAUUAAAUUGUCUUCAAAAUCAAAGAUGAAAGUGGGGAUAUAAAAUCUUUUUGAUGAAUAUGGGAUAGAUGAAAGAGCACUUACUGCACACCCCCAGUCCCAACUGUAGGCUCACUUGGUCUCCCAUGUAAUGACAAGUCUAAUGAUCAAAUUCAUAUCAAAUAUCAAGCAGCAUCCUGUAGGAGUUGUGUGCAAAACAAGUGAUUAAGUUGGGGACAAAAGCACUUCUCUGACUGAGGUUGUAAAGAAUAAGGAUGGUGACUUGUAAUGUUCAGAGUGUCAGGAACAUUAUUAAAAAUGCAAGCAGCUGAGGUGUACAUAUGGGUGAUCCUAUUUAUGAGAUGUACAAUAUAUUUAUUUUCUACAUAUAAAGUAUAAAUAUAAAUCUAUAUAUUUAUUUAUUGCAAAGACUUUAUUUUGUAAUGAACUUGAAGUUAUCUGGACUGUAGAUUCUACUGAAAUUACACCAAAAAAACAAACAAAAAAAUGAAGAACUGCAAUGAACAUGACAAUAAAAUUGUCCUGCUAUCGAGAACUCAUUGUGACAGACUAUUUUUGCUUGGAUUAAAAUCUGAUGUACCAAUUAAAACCAGAUGUAGAUAUCUA